AUGGUUAGAAAAUCCAACCCGUUGGACUCUUCACGGGAUUCGGAUUCGUUUUCUGAGGGGGACGGCUCGGCUAGCGAAGCUAGCGAAGAAAGGGUUCAAAAAGAGAUGUCGGUCAAGGACGGUAGGGUUACGAGGAGCAGGGAUACGGUCGAUGAGGAUGUGUUCCUGGACGCAUCGAACAUCGAAGGUGAAAUGGGGGAAAUCCCGGAAUGCGACCGUCAGCGACGAGGAGGAAGAGACGAUCGAGAAGGUUGGAACGGAGCUGGUGCAGUACCUGUCUGAGGAAAAAUAUAGGAGGCUGACGGUCAAGAUUGUGGAGAAUUUGAUCGAGUUUAAGGAUAGAUACGAGAGGAUCGUCCGGGGCGUCCAGUCGGGGGUACACCGACUCGAGGGUAGCCUAGCCGAAGCCAGGAGGGAAAGGGAGGCCGCAAGCCUCGAGAUUUGCAGAAUAAGAGAGGAAGCAGUCGAUGGAGAGAUUAGGAAGACAAGAGAACCCAGGCUUCGGAACUUAGCCAUUGUUAGCCCUUGGAACCCCAAGGCGAUCACUGGCGUUCCAGACCCGCCACGUGGAGGCGUCAUCUUGACCGCCGUGUCAUUGUCUGCGCGUUCGGAAGUAUGA